CAAUCAAAGACUUCAGGGGAUGAACGAGACUGAAAGCAACGAGGAAAGAAAAUGGCGGAAGUGGGCAGAUAGUGUUCUAGUCCACACCCUGUCUCCAAACGUAUAUCGAACCAAAGAGGAAGCCCUGCAAGCCUUCAACUGGUUUUCAGAGGUUGGAGAAUGGGAACGAAAUUUUCCGGCUUGGGAAAGAUAUCUCAUAAUAUACGUUGGCGCCUCCGCAAUGUGGCUGAUUGGCAAAAGACUGAAGAAAAGGCAUAACCUCAAGGAUGAUGUAAGGCAGUCUUUGUAUGAUGAAUGCAGCACAUGGACUAGAGCUAUCAAUGCUAAAGGUGGUACGUUCAUGGGUGGCGAUAACCCCAAUCUUGCCGAUUUGGCUGUUUAUGGAGUUUUGAGUAGCAUAGAAGGUUGUACGGCUUUCAAAGACAUGUUAGAAAAUACAAAGAUAUCCAAGUGGUAUUAUAGAAUGAAAGAAACAGUGUUACAACAUCAAGGAGCUAGGUUUAUCUAGCUGUGUUCUAUUUGAUUUGACUUGUUACGAUAUUGAAGUCCAAUAAUAUACUCUUACAGUUAUUAUCU